AUGAAGCUGAGCCUGAGCCAGCAGCCCCCUCAGGCGAAUGUGAAGCACCUGAUCCGGCAAUUUGACCCCCACUGCCCCUCCCACCCGCCAGGCCAGCUGCCGCCAGCCAAGUGGAUGGACGUGCCCUUUGACAUCAUGCGCGAAGUCGUGCAGAGGCUGGCGGUGCAUGAUGUGCAGACCACGCUCCUUGUGUGCCGGGAGUGGCACGAUGGCUUUGCCAACGGCGUCGUCUCUCUGAAGCCUCGCCUGCUCAAGCUGCAGGAGCUCGCCUACAGGUUCCCAGCAUUACAACAGCUAGACAUGAGCGCGUGCCGGCGGGUGAGCAACGAUGAGCUGGCAAACCUGCGCCAUUUACCAAACCUCACCAGCGUGGUGCUGGCGGGUUGUGAGGAUGUGACAGACGAGGGUCUUCUGCACCUGAGCCACCUCUCCAGGCUGGCCUCCCUCAACCUCUCCAACUGCUGCAAGGUGACAGACGGGGGCCUGCUGGCGCUGGCAGCGCUGCGCCAGCUGGGCAGCCUGAAUCUCAGCGGCUGCGUCAGCCUUUCCGAGCGCGGCCUUGCCGCCAUCGCCGCGCGACUGCGCCGCCUGCACACCCUCAAACUCGGCGGCACCAGCCGAGUCGCAACCAUCUCGGACGCAUCGGUCGCCGCCAUUGCAGGGCUCACCUCGCUGACUCAUCUGGACCUCUCCGGGUCCCAUGACAUCACCGACGCAGGCCUGCUGCACCUUGGGUCGCUGAGUCGCCUGCGGACGUUGGUGCUGUGGAAUUGCAUGCGCGUGUCAGUCGACGGAUUGGCAGUGUUCCGGCAGCUUCCGGCGGUGGCGGACCUCUCUCUGCGCGGCUGCGCGCAGCUAUCGGACGCGCUGUGUGGCUCCGUGGCGCACCUCGAACAGCUCACGCGACUCGACCUGCGCGCAUGCGAGCGCUUCACCGGAGCGGAGUUGCGUGAGUGGAAGGGGCUGAGCCUGCUGCAGGAGCUGAACCUGAAGGGCUGCUACAAGAUCGAGGACGCUGGCCUGCAGGGGCUGAGCCUGCUGACAAGCCUCACCUCCAUCAACAUGCAGGAGUGCUGGCAAAUCACCGCCCAAGGCCUGGCCGCCCUCUCAGGUCUGAGCCGCAUGAUGGACGUAAACCUGCAAGGCUGCCGCAAGAUAAGCAGCCUGGAGCCGCUGGCUUCUCUCAGCCGCCUGGCAGCGCUGAAUCUGCGCAACUGUGACGGUCUGGGUGACUCAUCGUUGGGUCCCCUCAGCCGCCUGGUCUCCCUGCGUUCCCUCGACCUCAGCGGCUGCACCCACCUCACUGGCCGAGGGCUGCUGCCGCUGAGCUCGCUGACUGGACUCACAGCGCUGAAGCUGCAGCACUGCGCGGGGAUUCGCCGCAGCGCUGACCUGGCGCCCCUGUCAUUACUAACCGCGCUGUCAACGCUCAACCUGUCGGGCUGCUCCCAGGAGGAGGGCGCCGGAAUCUCCUCUCUGGCAACACUCACCUGCCUGCGGGCGCUGAGCUUGGACGGCUGGAGGCAUGUGACCUUCAUCGACGAUGGGCUGAUGGCGCUGACGUCUCUCAGGGGCGUUGCCUCCCUCAACCUCCAGGGCUGCACCUCCCUAACGGACGUGGGACUGGCAGCCAUCGGGCACAUGACAUCGCUGACCAAUGUCAACCUGCAGGACUGCCGCCAGAUCACCGGCGAGGGCUUUGCGGGCUGGGCAGGCAUGGCGCACCUGACGAGCCUGAGCCUGCAGAAUGCCAGCAUGGUCUCAGACGCCGGCUGCUGCGCCAUAGCGCGCAUCACCUCCCUCAGGACUCUGAAUCUGAAAAACUGCCCCGCCCUCACCGACGACUGCCUCGCCGCUCUAACUCCCCUGGAGCGCCUGUGCCACCUGCGCCUGCAGGGUAACCAACAGCUGAGCGAUGCUGCACUGGCGCACUGCGCGCGAAUGCCCAGCCUGCAACACCUGGAGACCAGUAACUGCUGGCACCUCACGGAUGCCGGGCUGACUCGGCUGACGGCGCUCACCACGUUGGCGCACCUCGACCUCUCCUACUGCUGGCAGGUGACUGACAGGGGAGUCGAGCACUUAGUAAAGUCGCUAACGACGUUAGUCACCCUCAACGUCAUCGGCUGUCACCGACUCACGCCGCGCGCAAAAUGCCAGGUGGCGCGCCUGCUCGGCAACCCCGUCAACAUAUAA